GUAAAACGAGGAAGACUUCCGGACAAACAAAACAAGCUUCCCCCAAAUGUCCUCGGGUGGACUAGGGUUUCGAUUUUCAAACGGAAAAGAGAGGGGGGUAAAUAUUGAGUCGAGUACGAGAUUCUAGUUGAAUUUUGUCGAAUUACCUCCUUCUUCAGAUUAUUGGGGGCAUUCUCGGAUGGGAACAUCUUCUGGAUCUCAUUUCAAUAAUCAAUCCUCAAUGCUGCCUCCUCGUCAACAGCCACGACCUGGAGGAGGGGGACUACAGACCUCCCUCUCUUUGGUCUCACCAGAUGCCUGUGGAUCUCCUAAUCUUCAUGAGCGUGGCUCAAAUUCUGAUCAGGUCCGUGAAUCCCCAUCAGAAAGUGCCAGUUCCCGAGAGACCUGGCCCACUGCUGAUGCUUUGGUAGCAAAGAAGCUCGAGAAGGAAAAAGAACGGGACAAUGGUUUUGCAGAGCACUCUGUUGUCCGGCAUAUUUCCAGCUCAAAUAAGAUGUCUCUUCGAGAUGUCGCCAGAGAAAGAGUGGAAGUAAUUGCAGAAAGAAUGCAAAACCUCCCAGACGAGUAUCUAGACAAGUUUAAAAAUGAACUUCGGGCUUUUCUUGAAGGUUUAGGUGGUUCGCAGCAAAGAGAAGAGUUCCUAUUUUUACAGAAGCUGGUUCAGAGUAGGGGUGACUUGACAGAGAAAACACUGAUUAUAGCUCACAGGGUUCAGCUAGAGAUUCUAGUUGCUAUAAAGACUGGAAUUCAGGCAUUUUUGCAUCCAAGUGUCAGCCUCUCUCAAGCUUCUCUUAUUGAUAUUUUCUUAUACAAGAGGUGCAGAAACAUAGCAUGUGGAAGUGCAUUACCGGCGGAUGACUGUACCUGUGAGUUGUGCUCAAAGAGAAAUGGUUUCUGCAACCUUUGCAUGUGUGUGAUCUGCAACAAGUUUGAUUUCGAGGUUAACACAUGCCGCUGGAUAGGGUGUGAUUUAUGUUCUCACUGGACUCACACUGAUUGUGCAAUUCGAAAUGGGCAGAUUGGCAUGGGCCCUUCUGUUAAAAAUGGAAUAAGUUCAGCGGAGAUGCUUUUUAGGUGCCGAGCUUGCAGUCGAACAUCUGAAUUAUUAGGGUGGGUAAAAGAUGUCUUCCAGCAUUGUGCACCAAACUGGGAUAGGGAUGCUUUGAUUAGAGAACUUGACUAUGUAAGUAGAAUUUUCCGUGGGAGUGAGGAUCCAAGAGGCCGGAAACUGUUCUGGAAAUGCGAGGAGCUCAUUGAGAAAUUGAAAAGUGGGGUGGCCGAACCUAUUCCUUGUAAAGCAAUAUUAAUGUUGUUUCAAGAGCUUGAGGCAGAUCCCUUGAAGAAUCAAGACACUGAAGAAGCUGGGAGGAUGAUAUCCCCACAGGAAGCGUUCAAUAGGAUAGCUGACGUAGUGCAAGAAGCUGUUAGAAAGAUGGAAAUGGUUGCGGAGGAGAAGAUGCGGAUGGUCAAAAAGGCCCGCUUAGCUGUAGAGGCUUGUGAGCAAGAGCUCAAGGACAAAGCUAGGGAAGUCGCUGCACUGAAGCUGGAAAGACAGAGGAAGAAGAUACAAAUUGAUGAGCUUGAAAGUAUUGUAAGACUUAAACAGGCUGAGGCUGAUAUGUUCGAGCUGAAAGCGAAUGAGGCUCGACGAGAAGCUGAGAGGCUGCAAAGAAUUGCACUUGCGAAGACGGAGAAGUCAGAAGAAGAUUAUGCGAGUAGGUAUCUCAAGCAAAGAUUGCAUGAGGCUGAAGCUGAGAAGCAGUAUUUAUUUGAAAAAAUUAAGCUUCAGGAAAGUUCGAGGGCGUCGCAGAGCAGUGCAGGAGCAAGUGACCCUUCCCAGAUGGUGUACAGCAAAAUCCAGGACCUCCUGAAGAACAUGUAUAACACACCUUCAAAAGCAGACACCCAAUCAACCGAUCUUCAUUCUCUGGGUGCACUUCCUUGAGUCUUGUCUGUCUGUACAUUAGAUAUUUACAUACUUGACUUGGUUUGAUUUUCUUUUAACAUUUCUGUGUGGAUGCUACUAAGCCUGUUGUUGCACUAAUUUCCUUUAGCAUAGGAAACAAGCUCAUGAACGUUUGGAUGCAAAUGUAUCUUUCCAUCUCUUGUGUGCUUGUGCAGGAAGCUACCUUGUGUCUCGUCUUUAGAGUGGUUAUGUUGCCUUUCCUACA